AUGAAUCAACAAAAAUACACCACUGAUCUUCUUCAAGAAUUCAACUGUCAUCACUUCUCCCCUGUUUCCACUCCUUUGGAUUCUUCUCUGAAGCUUACUGUGGACAUGAGUGCCCCUGUUUCUGAUCCUAGUGUAUACAGAAGAUUAAUUGGGAAAUUGAAUUUCCUUCAACAUAAAAGACCUGAUAUUUCCUUCUAUGUUCAACAUCUAAUCCAGUUCCUCCAGAAGCCCCAGGUUCCCCAUAUGAUGGCAGCUAUCUAUGUUCUAAGAUAUCUUCUGAAUGAUCCUGCUCAAGGUAUAUUGCUCUCUAGUUCUGAUAAUUUGUCUCUUGUGGGAUUUUCUGAUUCUACUUGGGGAUCUUGUGCCAUCUCUCGCAAGUCUGUAAGUGGGUUUUACAUAUCUCUUGGUGGCAGUCCUGUAUCCUGGAAGAGUAAGAAACCGCCUACCAUCUCCUUGUCUUCAACUGAGGCUGAAUAUAGAGCAUUGAGGAAGCUAGCAGCAGAGGUUGCUUGGUUGGUCAGGCUUUUGGUUGACCUUGGUUUGGCUAUUUCGUAUCUUGUUCAUGUCUAUUGUGACAGUCAAGUUGCCCUCCACAUAGCCAAGAACCCUAUUUUUCAUGAGCGCACCAAACACAUCGAAAUUGAUUGCCAUUAUGUGAGGGAGUGCAUCACUGCUGGUCUUCUCACUUUGCACUUUGUAUCUUCUUCAGGACAACUGGCAAAUAUUAUGACUAAAGCAUUGCCCACCCAGCUGCAUUAUGAAACAAGUGGAGAAAUAAAAGAUAUGCAGAUAUUUUUCCAAACUUCAUUUCUCUGUUUCUCUUUCUUCUUUAUCUCGAAGCUUCUGAGGUCUGACUCCAAUGGAGUCACCAUAGCUCGUUGA